CACAAAAGUCUUCCCCCACACCUCCACAAUUCUUGAUCAAAUCUAAUGUGCUAGCGUCGUCAAAUAGUGUUAUUCUGAUGUCUCCCAAUUCCAACAUUGUCCUCGUCAUUCCGUUUACUUCGCUUUCACCUAUACUCCGCUAAUCACGCCCUCGCCCACACACUAUCUCUCUUUCACUCUCACACACACACUACACACAGUUCCCUCCUUAUGUCCAAGCGACAAACAUUAUCAGACAACACCACCACUUAACCAUGUCCCUCCUCCUCCUCCUCUUCCUCUCUCUCCUCCCUUCUUCCCUCUCUCUCUCCUCCCCUUUCAACUACAGUUUGCACAUUGACUGCGGCGGUCUCGUGAACUCUACCGACGCCUUCCGCACCACUUGGCUUUCCGACCGCUUCUACUCCGGCGGCGCCACCUCCGUCGUCUCCGAACCCCUCCGCUUUCUCCACCAGCAAGAAAAGACCCUCCGCUACUUUCCCAUCUCCUCCGGCAAGAAGAACUGCUACUCCAUCCCCACGGACAGCGCAGGAGGCCGCUACCUCCUCCGUGCAUUCACCGUCUACGAUAAUUACGAUGGUAAAUCACACUCACCCUCCUUCGACGUCUCCGUGGAGGGCACUUUAGUCUUUUCCUGGAGAUCCCCUUGGCCCGAAUCAGUCUCUCGCUCCGGCGCCUACUCGGAUCUCUUCUUUUAUCACGAUGAGCCCGUCGUUGACGUUUGCUUUUACAGCAUUGCUACUGAUUCUCCGGUUAUAGGGUCUUUGGAGGUUACCCAAAUCGACCCCAAAGCUUACAGCUUUGAGUAUGCAAAGAAUUCGAGUAAUUACAUUUUGGUUAAUUAUGGGAGAUUUUCAUCCGGUUCGGAUCAGUGGGGCCCUGGAUUUAGUAAUGAUACCGAUUUUUUCGGUCGGUCUUGGCAGUCUGAUGCAGAGUUCCGGCUACAGGCUGUCUCCAUUGUUAAUGGAGCGACAAUUAAAGCGAUUUCUGCGGUAAAACCUAUAGCUAAUGUGGAAAGAAGCCCAAAUUACUUCCCUGAAAAGCUUUACCAGACCGCAAUUACAGCACUUGGAGAUGGUGGUGGGGUUUUAGAGUAUGAAUUGCCUGUGGAUGCAAAGCUGGAUUACCUGCUGUGGUUCCAUUUCGCUGAGAUUGAUGUGAGUGUGACGAAGGCUGCGCAACGGGUGUUUGAUGUGAUGGUGAAUGGGGAGAAUGUAAGUAGAGUGGAUGUGUACAAGGAGGUUGGUGGUUUUGCUGCAUAUGAUUGGAGCUAUGUGGUCAAGAAUUUGAGCAGCACUGCUUUGAAUGUGAGGCUGGAGUCGGUGGUGGGUGCGCCGAUCAUUUGUGGGCUUGAGAAUUACGCAAUUGUUCCUCUUGAUCUCAAAACUAUUCCUGAUCAGGUUACUGCCAUGAGAGCACUGAAGUCAUCACUUCGUGUGCCCGACAGAAUGGGCUGGAAUGGGGAUCCGUGCACCCCUACCACUUGGGAUGCCUGGGAGGGCGUUACAUGUCACCUCGCAAAGGAUGAAUCCGCCCUUGUGGUAUCACAAAUAGAUCUUGGGAGCCAGGGCUUGAAAGGUUAUAUCAGUGACCAAAUUAGCCUUUUGACGAAUUUGGUAAGCCUGAAUUUGAGCUCCAAUUCCUUGGGAGGUAGCAUACCCUCAGGCUUGGGUCAAAAGUCUCUUGUGAAGCUGGAUUUAUCAAAUAACAAAUUAACGGGGUACAUACCAGAUAGUCUAACUUCAUCCAGCUUGCAACUUGUGUUAUUGAAUGAUAACUUAUUGGAAGGGCAAGUCCCAGAGGAAAUUUAUUCGAUUGGGGUUCACGGUGGAGCCAUAGACCUUGCUGGUAAUAAAGGAUUGUGUGGUGUACCUUCUCUGCCGAAUUGUCCACUGUUUUGGGGGAAACACGGCUUAUCUACUGGUGCCAAAGUUGGAAUAGCUCUGUCAUGUCUGGUUGUUUUGUCUGCAUUGCUGUUUGGAAUAUACUAUUGCAUUAUCAGGAGACGGCGUAAUGACUAUGACUUUGGUCUACCUCAUGAACUCAUGUCACUGGCUGCAAAGAGAAAUCGAUAUCACAGACAGAAAUCACUUAUGGCUCUUGAAAUGGAGAGCCAACAUGCUAAAGGAUUUAUACCGACUUACAAUGUAAGCUGAUUGACGUUCUAUACAUGAAGAGGAGAGGAGACACGGAAAUUUUUGAUAGGUAUCAGCUUUACCAGGAUGUAGAUAAGAAUCUUGAUUCUUGAUCGCGUCGAUACAGAGGCGAACGCUGCAAAGUCCAAACAACCCGAGGGCUUUUGCUGUUUUGUCAACAGUUUGUGUUAGAAAUUGUUCGUAUUGUGCAGUGCAUGUUGAUCAAUUUUGUGAAUUAAAAUGCAAAGGAAAAUAUGGCCCUACAUUGUACCUUAACCAGUUUUUGAUAUUUGGUGGUCAUACAGUGUAAAAUCAAACUUUAUUGAGUGCAGAUCAAUAUCAAUACUUUGUGGUCCUUGGCACUGA